UUCGUGUAAAAGAAGUUGGAGAUUCUACACCUCUAGAGUACACCAUCAAGAUAUUUUGAUAAAUGCAAAAUACGAUUUACAGCGCGAGUGUAUAUCGAUGCAUGUGGGUCAAGCGGGUGUCCAGAUGGGUAAUUCCUGCUGGGAAUUAUAUUGCCUGGAACAUGGAAUCCAACCGGACGGGACUAUGCCAUCCGACAAGACUUCCGGUGCCAAUGAUUGCUUCAACACCUUCUUUAAUGAGACAGGCUCCGGCAAGAUGGUACCGCGCGCCGUGAUGAUCGAUCUCGAGCCUACUGUCGUCGAUGAAAUUCGAAUAGGGACAUAUAGACACUUGUAUCAUCCAGAACAAUUAAUUACUGGUAAAGAGGAUGCCGCGAAUAAUUACGCACGCGGUCAUUAUUCCAUCGGGAGCGAAGUCAUCGAGUCCGUGAUGGACCGAGUGCGCAGAUUGACCGAUCAGUGCACUGGUCUGCAAGGUUUCUUCGUCUUCCACUCAUUCGGGGGUGGCACGGGAUCGGGUUUCACGUCUCUACUUAUGGAAAAGCUAUCUGACGAUUAUGGCAAGAAGAGUAAAUUGGAAUUUGUUAUAUAUCCGGCACCGCAAGUAUCUACCGCCGUAGUAGAACCUUACAACGCGGUGUUAACAACACACACGACGAUCGGUCAUUCCGAUUGCGCGUUUAUGGUGGACAACGAAGCGAUUUACGACAUUUGUCGGCGCAAGCUCGGCAUCGAGCGACCUUUGUACGCAAAUCUGAACCGGCUGAUCAGUCAGGUGGUGUCAUCGAUCACCGCGUCCUUGAGAUUUGACGGUGCCCUAAAUGUCGAUCUGACCGAGUUCCAGACGAAUCUGGUGCCCUAUCCCCGCAUACACUUUCCCUUGGCUACCUACGCCCCGGUGGUAUCCGCCGAAAAGGCCUACCACGAGGGCAUAUCCGUUGCAGAGAUCACUUCCGAGUGUUUCGAGGCCUCAAAUCAGAUGGUCAAGUGUGAUCCGCGAGAGGGCAAAUACAUGGCCUGCUGCCUCCUGUACCGCGGUGACGUUGUACCCAAGGACGUCAAUGCCGCGAUCGCCGCGAUGAAGGGCAAAAGCUACAUCCGCUUCGUCGACUGGUGUCCCACGGGUUUCAAAGUUGGGAUCAAUUAUCAACCACCUACGGCCGUGCCAGGCGGCGAUCUCGCAAAGGUUCAAAGAGCUGUCUCUAUGCUAUCGAACACGACCGCUAUAGAGGAAGCAUGGGCCAAGCUGAAUCGAAAAUUCGAUUUAAUGUACAAUAAGCGGGCGUUUAUUCAUUGGUACGUAGGAGAAGGUAUGGAGGAACUCGAAUUCGCGGAAGCACGCGAAGACCUCGCGGCGCUCGAAAGGGAUUACGAAGAAGUCGCCCUGGAAUCACCGUCCACACCGGAUACACCGUUGGAAUAUUAAUGUAUGCGUUUUCGGAAAAUCCUCUGGAAUAAGCCGGCAUAUUUCCUCACUAUUCAACAAGGCGGAAAUUACAAGAGAAAUGUCACAGCGUUUAUGUUACAUCUUAUAUAGAAAGAUAUACUUAUGUUCAUUUUCGUAUAAUGUCAACCGUAAUUUAUAGAAAAGUAUCUUUUGUAAAAAGUUCUCUAUAGAAAAUACAAAAAUAUACGAGUUUCACUUUGUGAUUAAUGUUUCAUUUUGCAUAAAUGCAUAAAAAAUUAUGUAUAUUAUA